AGCUCAAUUAUUUUCCCAACAACUUCGGCAAGAGCUUUAACAGGAUCCUCACAGCAUUACAGAAUAACCAAUGAGACUGUUUUCCCUCCUGCUUUUUAACAGAGGAAAGUGCCCCCCUCCUGCUUGGUAAGUGAGGAAAGAGGAUGCGAGGAGACAGCAAACAGAGGUCUUCAGAGGUUUGGUCCAAGACUUUCGUCAAUGGUCCUGACUGAUGGAGCCACAAGUCUCCUUUGCUCUCUAGUUUUUCUUUAGUCUCAUUCACCUAAUCCUCCUUUCAUAAGCAAUACAGAGAAAACAAGCUCCUGCUGCUCUUCAGGCGCUCAGAUUAUGGUGGCAGGAUCAACCAAACCGCACCAGGAACUCAAGAUCCAAGGAAGAACGGAAAAUCGAUGGAGCAAAGAAAUCUCAGGCUCAAGAUGAAAAAUCAUGAACCAGAUGGUACUAUCAUCAAGGAGAACUUAAUUGAUAUCAUAGCCCGAAAAAUUAACCAACUCCCAGAAGCAGAAAGGAAUCUGCUUGAAAAUGGAUCAGCAUAUGUUGGACUUAAUGCUGCUCUCUGUGGCCUAAUAGCAAAUAGUCUUUUUCGACGCAUCUUACAUGUGACACAGGCUCGCAUAGCUGCUGGCUUACCAAUGGCAGUGAUCCCAUUUUUGACAGCAAAUGUAUCUUAUAAAGGUUUUGUAAGUUUACCUUUGAAUACAGGUGAUCUGCAUUGUGAAACCUGCACAAUAACACGAGGUGGAUUGGUUGGUCUUGUUUUCGGUGGCCUGUACCCUGUUUUUUUGGCUAUCCCUGUGAAUGGUGGCCUAGCAGCUAGGUAUAAUUCAGCCCUGCUACCAGAGAAAGGAAACAUCUUAAAUUACUGGAUUAGGAUUUCUAAGCCUGUCUUUAGAAAGAUGUUAUUUCCCAUUUUGCUCCAGACUGGGUUUGCUGCAUACCUUGGGUCUAGACAAUAUAAACUACUUAUAAAGGCUCUUCAGUUACCAGAACCUGGCCUAGAAAUUGAGUGAUUGUUAAGCAAAUCUGUACACAAAAAUAAAACUAUAAAAAUAACCUAUAUCUAAUUAUGAAUAAACAGAGACUCGUACAUAAGGUA